AUGCCUAGAAAGUUGAAAAGAACACAUUUAUUUUCAAAAGAUGUCAGUUCUUUAUUAUAUGCGUAUGGUGAUAUCCCUCAUCCAUUACCACAAUCUAUCCAAUGUCUAGAUGAAUUGGUUUCAUCAUACCUGGUCGAUAUUUGUCACGUAGCAUAUCAAACUGCCAAAAACUCUCAGAGGAAUAAAGUUAAACUUGAAGACUUUAAGUUUGCUGUACGAAAUGAUGCAACAAAAUUAGGCAGAGCUGAAGAAUUGAUAGCGACGAACAAAUUAAUCACAGAAGCGAAAAAACAAUUUAACGAAACUGAUAGUAAUUCUUUGAAAAGAUACAGGGAAGAAGAGUUUGAAGAAGGUGAUGAUGAUGAAGAUCUGGAAGGAAACGACAUGGAAGAUGAAAAUGAACAUCAAGGUUCCACAGGUAAAUUACAUUCAAGUACCAAAAAGAAAGCAAGAAUGAUAACGAAACCCAGGACGACAAAGGCAAACAAGAGUUCCAAAAAGGUUAAAGUUGAUAAAUGA